AUGUCUUGUGGAAUAAUUCAUAAUAGAAAUAAUGAUAAGAAUGUUCGCAGUGAUUCUUUAAUGUAUUUUACCGCGGGAUCUUGUCAUUCAGUUCUCCAGUGUUCGGAAAGAUCGUUAAGAAACGCAUCAUUACCAAAUCUGAUUCAUUUCAUCAAAGAUGUUACAAUCAAAACCAAGAUCUCCAAGGUAACAAUGGUGGUAGGAUUAAUUUAUGUUCAUAGAUUAAAGAAAACAUUGCCCGCAACAGCUCGCGGUGAUUUUGACACACCCUACAAAAUAUUUUUAUCGGCAAUCUUGGUAGCCAGCAAAUAUUUGAGUGAUCAUUCUUUACAAAAUAAGCGAGUGGCCGAGAUUACUGGUGGACUGUAUACUGUUAAAGAUGUUAAUACCAUGGAAAGAAGUUUUCUUGGUUUGUUGAAAUAUGAUCUUUGGGUGGACGUGGAAGAAAUCAAACAAUUCAUCGAAGAUCAUAAAGUUGAAUUUGAAAUGAACAUUGACGUAAAUUGGAUCGGUGGCGAACAACAUUAA